GAUAAUGGGUCAGCCUUACGAUGAGUUACUGUACAGCCUGAUUAUUUCUCAACUGAAAGAUGACGGUUUUAUCGAAGAGGCUGAUAGUCUUCAGCGAAAAGUUGUCAACGCCGUAUUCAAUAUUGAGGCAAGCAGACAGCUAAGAAAGAUUGUAGAAAUAAUGUCCAUCACCAAUGGAAUGUCUUGGAGGAAACUGACCACAAACUCUCAGUGUCCACAAGGAGUCAUACUUAAUCUGAAGAGUGGAGGGGAGAGUCCUAGUUCGAGUAGUAGAGAUGUGAAUGAGGUGAUUGAGGAGCAAGGUCCAGCUCCUAGACAACCUCUCGAGCCCAGAAUCCAGCAACCCACAAGUUCGGGGAUAAACACUUCAGAACACAGAAUUGGGGAGGCCAGAGAACCCAGACUUCAGCCUGACAGUACCCCCAUGGAGUUAGUAACAUCUGCAGCUGAACAAGAUAAUCUUAAUAAAGAGGAGGGGACCGAUGAACAGAAGUGGAAGAAGGAAAUGGAACAUAUGAGGUUUGAUUUCAAGCUAAGCAGGAAAGUUGACUUCAAAAUCCACAACUUUGAUCCACUUAAAAAACGAAGUGUGGUGGAAGAAAAGAAUGGUCAAAAAAGGAUGAAGGGAUCUAAUGCUGCACAAGGUAAGUUCUUCCAUAUCAAGAUGAGCAAGGACUUCACCCCGGAGGAGAAGAAAGGACCGGUAAGGAUACAGAAUCUGACUCAAAUAGUCCCAGCUCAACCCUCCAGACCCUCUACAACUGAACCUGACGGGAAUGACGGUCAGAAGGGAAACUUGCAGGACUUCCUUCAGAAGAUAACCAUCCCCAUGGACAAGCUCAACUGAGAGGAGCCCAUGUUUUGAAGUUUUUACUUUUUCAAAUGAUGAGAAAAUUAAGGAUGUUACUUAUACUGUUGGGAGGUUUACGUUUUACAAUGAUUACCUGGACGGACAACUGUUGAUCGAGUUGAAAGAAUUAGUUAAUUAAUUAAUUAGUUAAUUUGAUAGACUCCAUAUUGUUGGACUAUCAUUAUUAAAUAUUAUCGAGUAGCCCAAGUUACCAAGUAGUAUGAGCGCAAUUGAUUUAACAGUAGUAUAGUAAAAUGAACGUGUCUAAUGUGACAACGUGUAUCCUAAUAUAGACUGACAAGUCUAAAAUUCUUUCCAAUACCUAACCUCCCCCAGACCUUAUCCAGACCUCAUCUCUGACUAAUUACUAAUUACUAAUUACUAAUUACCAGAUCACUGACCUCACUGCCUUUUUCGAGUUCUCGUCCCGUUCCAACGUUCGAUCACAGCGUGUCAGAAAUACAUGGCAAUAGUUACUAGAUCUAAAUUCUGUUUUUACAGUUUGAAGUAGAGUUGACAUGAAACUGUCGGUGAUUGAAUUAUAGGUUGGAGACAGUUACACAAUCGAUUUUAAAUUAUUGCUAUCCUCACCAAUUUAUCUCCCGAAUUUGCAAUUUUGAUUUAAUUUAUUACAUGAUUGCUUUAUAGUUACUUUUAAAGAUCAACUAACUACGUAAAGUUACGAAUGAUUAACUUCAUUCGGAUACAUAAAGUUAAAUUUAGGGUACAUCAACCCGUUUGAGUUGCAAUAUUUUGUCAGCUCUGCUAAAACUACUUAAAGGUAAAGUAUGUUCUCGCGUUUACAACGAUAAUUCAAGUUCUUAUAUUAAUUGAUUUGAAGUGAUUGUCAAAUUAGUUUGAACUGUAGUAUAGACAAGUUAGAAAAUCAAUUUAUUCAAAAUCACGU